AACACAUGCGUAGUAUCCUUCGCCACUUAGCUCAACGUUUAACACUGCACCCAAACUUGUUCUUCUUUUCGCUUUGCUGACAACAAAAUAACUGAUAACGAUGAGGGUCUCCAGCUGACAACGGCGCGUGCAUUGCAUGGAUAUGGCAGCUCCAGGUGCUCAUUAAGCCUGAAGCACAAUGACCCUCGAUGACUUCCUCAUAGCUUGUCUUCUUUUCGCGAACUUCUUUUCAGCAGAGAUGAACUUGAAUAAUGAAGUUGGAUUCGACCGCGAGCUGCCGCCUCCCAUGUUCACUGGUCCCAUGUCGCCGGCGCUGAAAGGUCAGACUCGCAUCAAGCGACCCUUCUACAUCAUCGGCCAUAUGGUAAACUCGAAAGAAGAGGUGGACAAGUUCCUGCGUAAGGGUUCCAAUGCCCUUGAAGUUGACAUCGAGUUCGCCGACAACGGUACCGUGCUUGGGACCUACCACGGCCUCCCAUGCGACUGCUUCCGGGGCUGCUUCAAGCGGGAGCCAAUUGGAGAAUUCCUGGACCACGUUCGUAACCGCACUUCCAUGCCCCAUUCCAAAUACAGGGGUCGAAUGAGCCUCCUCUUUCUCGACUUGAAGACGACGAAAAUUCCGAAAAAAGCUAAGGCCGUGGCCGGUGUUACGCUUGCCUUGAACCUUGUGAACCACCUCUGGAAAGGCGUGCAUCCGAGGGAGCGAAUGAAUGUGCUGCUUUCAAUCGGCUACGUCAAGGACCGUGACGUCACCAGAGGAGCCCUGGCGUUCUUGAAGAAAAAGGGACACGCUGACGUCCUACGCAACAUCGGUUUCGACGUGGGCAUGAACGACCCCCUGAAGAGCAUUGCGCGCAUGUACGAUAAGCUGGGCAUCAAAGGCCACAGGUGGCAAGGCGACGGCCUCUCCAACUGUUUGCGGUUCCUUAUGCCUGUGGACAGGCUUAAAGCGGCCGUCAAGUUACGUGACAGCGAGGAUGGCUACGUCGACAAGGUGUACCACUGGACCAUCGACCUGCCCUACUACAUAGAGAAGAGCGUCAGGCUUGGUGUCGACGGCAUCAUCACCAACCAGCCUCACAACGUGCUCGGCGUCGUGACGAGCAUUUUCUUUCAAGAUCGCCUCAGGGUGGCCAGCGUGAACGACAGCCCCUGGGAACGAGUCCGACGGAGCCCGAGCGAGGUUAUCGAGGACGAGGAGGACAUGGAUACAAAUAUCAUCGGCGGAGAGGAAACCGGAGCCGGCGAAUAAUCGUUGUCUGAUUCGUGAAGCGCGGGGAUUGCCACUUCUUGAACGUGGUGGCGCGCGCACGCAAAGCUGCUACGGCCGUGGAGUUUCUUGCAAUAAUUACUAGAGGGAACUCUGGCGCUGCAGCCGCUGUACCACCGCGGGAAUGAUGGGAAGUGCAUCGAUUUGUCUGAUCUUCGUGCUUGUGGAUUCAGACGUUCUUGUGGCUUUGUCUAUUAUACGCUAUAUAAAUCUUGUCGUCGUGAAUUUCAGCGCAAUCUAUACUCUUCGAAGUGCAGAAGACGCCGCCAACACGCACAAUUGCUAUUAACUGCAACGGUUGAGCUUGUGCAGGUGGCCAAAUCGAAACGCGCCAAGCCUCUCAAGGCACUGGCAUGUCCGCGAUAAAUUCAUAUGGGCGCUGUACUCGCUUGUCCUUGGUUUCAUUAUCAGGCUUCUGUUCUAGAGUUCAUGUGCUCAAAUCCUGGCGUCAGACAAUCUUAAUGAUGUCUAUUUAAUUAUUUAUUACGCACUAUGUUGUUGAAAAUGACGAGUUUACAAAGUCAUAAAGCCGUUUGAAGCCAAAAAGACGAAGUUUAGGCAAAUCCAUGUGCUUCCCACAAUUCCCAUGCUGGUACAACCGUUCUUGCUGCAGCUCCCGUAGAAACUAGCGCCAGAGUUUCCUCUAGUAAUUAUUGUAAGAAAAUCUAUGGCUACGGCCACACUGUACACAUCUUGUCGAUUAAAACUUUAGUAGAGCGUUCCGCGUGGAAAACAGAUGGCCGGCGCCAAAUGCUGUAGCGCCAUCUGGUAUAUCAAAAUUAAAGCACUUUGGCGGCA